CCGAAGUAUUCCUUGGAAUUAUAGGCCAAAACGGAAACAGAUGUACGCUUAGAGAAGCAGAAAAUACAAGAGUGAGAGUUUCAUCAGACGAGGUUCCAUAAGUAGUUGCCCCGGACGCUCAUGUCCGCGUCGACCUCGCUCUCGCAGGUCAAAUGUCUUGCACGGUCAAGGGUCCCUGUGCUAUCCUACUGCGACUGGGUUGAGCAUGUGCGAGGGUUGGGGAUAAAGACGUCAACAGAGUAUGCUCUCUGGGCGACGACACGCGAGCGUGGGCGGGAGGUGCCAUCACGUCCUGACAUCGCCUACAAGGCAACCGGGGAGUGGAGGUCCUGGCGGACGGCCUUAGGAGGCGCACGUGAGCCGAAUGCCGGCAGAAUAAUGAAUGAGCGGGCUUGUUGCUGGGUUCUCGACGUGGCUGCAAAAGCUGCCCCGGACUUAGAAUUUCAACGGGCUGUAGCGCAGUCGGCACCGAAUUUGUUUGUGCGACGACGCGGAAGCGGUGACCGCGGAUGGGCAGCGCUACAUCUGAAAUCGACUGGAGCACCGCACCACGAAAAAUACAGCGGGGCACGCAAAAGCGUGUAUCGCUAUGCCUGCGUGCUCCGGUCAUCCGAGGUCGGCAAAGUACUCGUUUGCCCAUCGGAGCAGAAAUUGCGCGUCUGCACGACAGAAGAACUAGUGGCGACUGAUAGAAGUUCUUCGAUGUACAUUACACAGGUGCGAGUCGACUUCGAUGAUGAUUCACGGUACAGAGUCGAUAGCGUAUAUUUUGACUCCUUUGCGCGACUUGAGAGGUUGUUGGCUACGGGUGUUUUACCGAAACGAUCUAUCGCCGCAUGGGGAGACUUCCAGGAAAAUAUCGCUCAUCAUUGCGGUUCUCGACAAGUUGGUAAUGUGAACACUCAUCGGCGACUGAGUGCAGCAGCGGGAAGCUUGUUGUACGAGCCGCUGGGGCUACAAGCAUCUGGUCUCGAGACACUGGGUCGGGUUCACAAUGUGUCUUUAAGUGGCUUGCGGUGCUUGCAAAGGGUUGCGAGGUGUCCAGCUACUAGUGUUCCUGGUGAGAGACGCUGCCACGGGAAGCUCUCACGUCGGCCGAAGUCUUCGGUGUAUACAGGACCACAGGAUGAGGUCGCUCUCGAUGCAAACGAUGAAGUAGAUUUCGUCACUUUUCUGCUUCCACCACGAGACGAUACGAUUGAUCGAUUGGAAGGAGCAUUCAUUUUUCCGAAAAUGUUUCUUCUUGAACAGGGAUAUAUCGGAGACAAGGAGAAAGGGAUCGAAGGCCAAAAAACAAUCACGAUGUACCCACCAGGGGCGCCGCGGGCUGCGGACAAAGGCGCCUUUGCCCAUGCACAGCAGCCGUUUUUCAUAGAUUUGGCUGGGAAGCAGGAAGCCGAUGCUUCUGACAUAGAAAAGUUGCACAGAAUAUUUAGUACACAAAGUAGAUGAAGAAAUGUUACAAUUCGACUUCGAAGAAAAAGCUGAGAAAGGUGAUGAUGUACUGAUGCUGCUAUGAACAUAGCCGGGUGUUCCGACGUGUGUCUAUGUAUUUACUGCAAAGAAAUCUUGAAGGCGG